UCGGGGGCGGGGCACUGCAGGGAUCGGCUGCGCGAGCGGCGCUGCGAGCUCAGGCCAGAGCGAGGCGGCCUGGCGGCCUCAGUAUGGACUCACGCACCGAGGAAUACGAGCUCAACGGCGAGCUGCACCCGGGCUCGCCCGGCUCCCCGGACCCCGCGCUGCCAUCCCGCUGGGGCCAGAGGAGCCAGCCCAUCAACGUGAACCAUUAUGCCAACAAGAAGAGUGCUGCUGAGAGCAUGCUGGACAUCGCACUGCUCAUGGCCAAUGCAUCGCAGCUGAAGGCUGUGGUGGAGCAGGGCCCUGCCUUCGCCUUCUUCAUGCCCCUGGUGGUCCUCAUCUCCAUCUCCCUGGUGCUGCAGAUCAUCGUGGGGGUGCUGCUCAUCUUCCUUGUUAAGUACGACCUUAACAACCCUGCCAAGCAUGCCAAGCUGGACUUCCUGAACAACGUGGCCACAGGACUGGUAUUCAUCAUCGUGGUGGUCAACAUCUUCAUUACUGCCUUUGGGGUCCAGAAGCCUGUCCUGGGCGUGGCACCCCAGCAGUAGGGCAUCCAGACCUUGAGUGGCACCUGCUCCACAGCUGGUCACCCAGAGCCCAGGAUUGCCAUCCCCUUGAGACGUCCACCUCCCUGUGUGUAGCACUCUGAAUCCGCCAGGCCAGCACCUGGAACAAGCCUCUGCUCCCGCUGUGACUAUCAUGUGGGGCAUGGAUACAAGGCCCGGGAGGACAGAACUGGAGAGUUCCAGACACCUGCCACCUGGGGACACAAAGCAGGUCCAUUGAUAGGCUGGUUGAGGACCCAACUGGCCCGUGUCUCAGGAUAUUCCAGGAAGAUGAGGAGUUGCUCCUGCCUUUGCCGAUACACCAGCAUCCCCAGUUCCUGUGGGGCCUCCCAGGUCUCCCUGUUGACUGCUGCCUCUGUUGCCUCCUAAGCCAAAGACACUGGAUAGCCAGCACCCCCGUGGGACCCAGUGGUGGCCGUGGGCUGCAGCCUUAGUACCUGGGCUACGUGACCAUCAGGAGACGGCCCUGCCCACUUGGGCCCCGGAUUGUGCUCGCACCUUCUACCAGCAGUGACCCGGCAGAGCCCCAGCCCCUUCUCAGGGGUCCAAGUGCCCACUUUCCUAAUCAAGAAUGACCAAGAAGGCUCGUGCUCCUGCUCGUGGGGCUCUGGGCACUGUCCUCCCCGCCCUGGGGCAGAACCCUGCUGGGGCCCCUUCCUGUAAGCCUCAGAGCAUGUAGCUCAUCCAGGUGCCUUCCCCAGAAUGUUGGGGUUGGGGUCCUCUCUGGCUUCCAGCCUGUCCCUGCUGUUUGGAGGCAGAGGGGCUUGGGUCAGAGGCUCAAAUGCCUUGCUGCUUUCUUUCUUUUUCAAUUUUGUAUUUUGAGACAGGGUCUCGCUAAGCUUCUCAGGCUGGCCUUGAACUCCUUUUCCUCCUGUGUCUGCUUACUGAGUAGCUGGGAUUUCAGGCGUGUAGUACUGCACCCAGCUGCUUUUAUUUCUUUACCCAAUACACAGAAAAGUUGUAAGAAUAGUUUGAAGAAUGCCCUCACAAACUUGUGAACAUUUUGCCAUGUGUGUUCUCCACUGUCCCAGGACCUGCACCACUAGUCUGUCCAGUGGGUGUGAGAAAUGCAGCAGGCCAGGCCCCACCCGCCACGUGGUGAGGACCUGGGUGGAUCGGCCCCCAGGGUUCUGCAGGACCACCAGGCACUCACAUAUGAAGUGCUGCAAAUGGCCUUUGCUGGCUGUCCUGGAGCCGGUGCAUCAGUCCCAUGUUCAGGGGGCCUGCUGUGUCCUUUGUAGCAGAACAAGAUAAAAUAAAGACCUGCCCAGGACCCCA